CAAAAUAUUAAAGCCUGCAGUUGCUCACCUCAGUUUUGGUGGCUUUCAGCAACACCACAUUGGGUCAGAACGUUGUACUAAGCAUCCGAAGCAAUGGCUGUUGUUAGUGGAACAUUCCGGAUGGUGUCUGAGGAGGAACAGGCCCUCAGAGCUAAAUUGGAGCAUCUCACAGUCAAAGAUCAUGGGCCUUUAUUUGGAACCUGUGCCCAGCUACCUGAUCACACGGUGCAGAAGGCUAAAGAUGAGCUGAAUGAGACGGAUGAGAAGCGUGUGGAAGCUGUAAAGGAACUCAGAGGUAUUAUGAAAGAGAAGGCAGACUCUGGAGAUGACGUUGCCAAAGGUGUCCAGGACACCUUUGGGGAAAAACCAGAUACAGUGCUGGUGAGGUUCAUCCGAGCCAGGAAAUAUGAUGUCAACAGAGCCUAUGAACUCAUGAAGGGUUAUGUGCGCUUCAGGCGGGACUACCCUGAGCUAUUUGAAAACCUGACUCCAGAGGCAGUACGCAGCACCAUUGAGGCAGGAUACCCAGGAAUCCUGUCGAGCAGAGACAAAUAUGGCCGUGUGGUGCUGCUCUUCAACAUUGAGAACUGGGACUAUGAGGAGAUCACCUUUGAUGAGAUCCUCAGAGCUUAUUGUGUGAUCCUGGAGAAGCUCUUGGAAAAUGAGGAGACUCAGAUUAACGGGUUUUGCAUAAUUGAGAAUUUCAAGGGCUUCACCAUGCAACAAGCCUCUGGUAUCAAGCCCACAGAGCUGAAGAAAAUGGUGGACAUGCUGCAGGACUCCUUCCCAGCACGUUUCAAAGCAGUGCACUUUAUCCACCAACCCUGGUACUUCACCACCACUUACAAUGUGGUCAAACCCCUGAUGAAGGGCAAACUGCUGGAAAGGGUGUUUGUCCAUGGCGAUGAGCUGGAGAACUAUUUCAAGGAGUUUGAUAUCGAAAUCUUGCCAUCAGAGUUUGAUGGGAAGGGCUCUAAAUAUGACGGCAAGGCCACGGCAGCAAAACUUUUUGACUAAAUAUGCUGUCUGUCAACAUACAAAAAUGCGUCUGUGUGUAUUGUAGUUAUGUCGUGUGACAGAAUCAUUGAAAGAUGUUGUUUUUCUAAGAAUGAACCCAGCAGCAUAGAGAUUUAUUUUUCUAUGCCAAACAGCCAACCUCAAUGGGAAAGACCCCAGAUGUCAUCAAAGAGUAAUUAUUAAUUAUGAAAACUCGGAAAAUGGAAAAUGUUCUCUGUUAUGCUGAGUUCUCUAAGAGUGUUUGGCAACCCUUGAUGAUCUUGCGCAGGCCCCUGCUUUCAGAUAUCCAUAUGUAUAAGGCCAGAAACGUACAUUUAAUUGCCUUAGUUUUAAAUAAAAUCAAAGUGGUAUCAUAACUUGCUGUGAUAAGUCCAUUGCACCACUUUAAAUGUACUUACUGAUGAAGCAAAUCAAGCUGAAGGAAUAUAAAUUACUGUCACUAUAAAUGGAUGAAAACAUAGGUGUUGUUUUAACAUAAUGAUAACAAAAUUUUUACAAUGAGAAUGACUAAUCACAAGAGUGCAUUAUGUUCUGAAUGAAAGACUUUAUUUUGAAAUUUGAAGUGAGUGAAAACUGGAAAUUCUAAAGUAUGUGCACUCUUAAAAUGAUAAAUUCUUUAUUUCAUUAUCAUUUACUUAUUUAUUUUAAAUGAUAAUAAAUUAACAAUUUGGUAUGUCAAA